AUGGAUCAGCGUGCUAAACUCAAAGGAAUUACUUCGAAGAAAGAGCGUCGAUUAUCUCAAAACGCAGACGUGCUAGGAGUGUGUCUCGUGGCAAAACAUGCCGCUAGUACUGGACGCCACACAGGGCUGCGUACUGGAAGCGUAGUACGUGGUUUGUACGACUACUGCGAAAAGAAGAUAUUUUUAGUUACAAGCGAAAAGAUCGUCCGAGAGGAAGAACUGGAAGACCUGAAGAGGAGAAAGAACGUGUUGAACGCGAGCGAUUAUACCUUGUACUUCUUAUCAAGUAGUGAUCCUCAUUCGCACAGCGAGCCGCCAAAAACGUAUCAGCUUCAGGAUGUAACUAAUCUGAUUGACUCCGAGGAAAAAGUAAUUUUCAAUUCCGGUCUGGUAAUCAUUCCUAUUGCUUCUGAGAAACUGAGUGAAAACUCUGGCCUAAAAAAAUUUCGACCUUUUGCAGCCAGUACAGAAGUAGCCGAGCUAAAAGACCUAAACGAUUCAAUCUGUCAAAUUGUAGAGGGAAGCACUAAAAGUAUUGAUGUGAAAUCGUACAAGAUCGAAUUCAUUGACAAUGAAUGUGCUCUAUCUCUCCCAGAAAAGGAAACUACCCAUCGUUAUAAGAAUUGGACAGAACUUACCGCAGGUGGGGCCAUAACCAAUCUUCACCCCUAUGGAGCUGUCAUCUUAAAGAGUGGACGUGCUGUUGCUGUUCUCAACUUCGUGGAUGGUAAAAUUUCUCCGGUGUGUCUAUCAGAAGUGCAGUUCUCUGGUAAGUAU